AUGGGAAUUCUCGUUGUGUGGUGGAAAUUGGUUGCUGUCCAAAAAAGUUCUCUACUUGUUUAUCAAAACGAAAGUGUUGAUUACAUAUCUUCACAACAAACAGGAAUUUUCCGAAAGGAGGGUUUGCUGGAAAAAAUAUUAAACUUUUUACGAUUUUAUUUCAUUUUCAGACUUGUUGUUUCAGUUCACAGGAUCCGUAGGUUCUAGUCGUUUUGAACAAGGUUUUCUGUUUUCCUUUUGUUUAUAUUGAUAUAAGAGUUUUAAAGCUUUUUUUCAGAUUUUCAAUCAUUUUUUUCUAUCAAUGGCUUCUAAUUAAAAAAACAAACGAUUUUCAGACAUCGAUGAGUUUAAAAAACACACGUUCAGUGCGAUGUUCGAUUGAAAUAAUCGAGAUAAAUGGAUUGGAAAAGUUUUUACUUCUAAUUUCGCCUUUUCAUGAUUAUUUGUUUUCAGAGAUGAAAAACCGUUUCUUCUUCCAAGAUUUGAUUUUUCAAGUCCAGACGACGAAGUUUUCUUUGUAGAAGGUCAAUCCUUUUUUGUAAAAUCUCAGGUUCAUCGCGAAUGUUAAAUUUGAUUGGAAAAAAAAUUUUUAGAUGGUUUUUUUCUGCAUUGUCCAGCUCUCAGGAAACUUCUCAGUAAACUGAGAAACGGACGGAAAAAGGAAGUUGACAGGGAAUUCGGCGUCAAUGAACGACAAAUCGGUGGAAUCGAGCUGAAUGACGUCACAGCCGAGGAGUUUCGUCAUUUUUUGAACGCAAUAUACGCCUCUCGCGAUGGAAUUUGUGGUGAGUUCACUUCCAAACCUUUUUUGGCAAUUUCAUUUUUAUUUUGAGCCGAAAGUGUUAGAGCCGUUCUGAAACUGGCUGACAUGUACGAGGCGACAGUUCUUUUUCCCGAAAUGCGAACAUUUUUCUGCGAUCCGAAGAAGGGAAGAAAAAUUGGUAUCGCGCAGCGUUUGCACUGGGCCGCCCAAUACCGUAUGAAAAAUCUCCAGGUAGCGGAUCCUGCUCUGAAAAAGAGAAAAGACUUCAGGAAGACUUGUACAAGUCGAUGAACAGCCUCCACAAGUUGGCCAAGUUGAGAGAAAGCCCUGAAUGGAUCAACAUGUGCGAAGCCGCCAAGACUCAAUUAAUCGCAUUUUUCUUUCGCCUUGAAAAAUCAUUCUCACAUCAAGUUUCACGUUUUCUUUAUGUUGAUUCUUGUUGGACUUCUUUUUCUGUUAACAGAUACUCAAAAUUUUUAUUGAUUGUUUUUUUUUUCUUUCAAAAAGAAAAGCUCUGAUAGUUGGUCGAGGUGAUAAUUUUGAGAUUUGAAAAAUUAUUCUCAUUACAUUACCUUCUACUUCAAUUUCUUCUUAAUACGCUUUUUUGCUUUCAUUGCUCUCAAAGCAGCCUUUUUCAAACUUCCAUAUGAAUAUAUUGUUAUAGAGUUUCGUUUCCUGUAUUAUUACAUUAUAAAUUUUACUGUUUUAAUAAGCUGUAUAUAAUCUUUUUUGUCGGUUUCAUUCGCGAGACUUACCUUUUUUGUGCGAGAAAAGACAUUUUGCGACCAUGUUUCAGAUGAGCGAACCGUCCACUUCUGUGUUUGUUGAUGUAAAUCCUUGCCUUGGAUCUUUAAAGAAAUUGCUUUUAAGAUUGGAACGACAUACAAGCCUGCUGUGACAGCUUUUUAUCGUCAUAAUCUGCCAUGGUUGGUCGAAGAAUGAUUCAUUUAAUAUUAAUGGUUGAAACAAAUAUUUCAAAAGGUCUGAGCUGAAUAAAGAAGUCAACAGGUAAAAUAGCUAGAAAGAUCUUUCGUGGUAAUUUUCGUUUAUUGGGAGAAAAAGAACAAUUCAAACUUGCACUUUUUUGGGAAAGCCACAACGUAUUUCGAUGGAACUUCUUCCUAUGUUACCGAUUUGUCUUGUUGCCCCGAAAAUCCUUCGCCUGACUGGAAUCUGGAGGCCAGCGUCAAAGUUCAACUCAUCAGUAAAAUUCCUAUAGCGGAAACUACGGUCAGUUUUUUAAAGUUCGGAGCGAAGUCUCUCAUUGGCUGGACACGCCCGUUUUUUUAAACUUUAGUCAGUCAGAAACGUUUUCAAGACGAAUUUGUUGUCAAUAAUUAAAACUUGAUCAUUUUAGAAAGUAUGCUCAUUCGACUCGGAAAACAAAACAGAACAGUUCACUUUAAAACAGGUUAGUGCUCCAGAAUUUAAUUCGAUGCCGUGCUCAAAAUAAUCUCGCAAAACUCAAAAUUGUCGUCGGAAAGGGCAUACCUAUUGGGGUGAGGGAAGGUGAGGCGUCAAAAUUUCUGCAUUUACAAAAAAAAAUAAAUGCGCGCUCCGGAUAGAAUGACGUCAUAAAUUAAAUGAGUGUUCAACGUUAAUAACUCGUUUGUUAGGUCGUCUUUGGUUGCGUACUUGAGAUUUCAGUUUUCGUGCCAAAAAAAAAAUUUUUUUUCGACGUUUCUCUAUCCCGUUUGAGAUCGCCGUGGAAAAAGGAUAAAUAAACUUGGGGAGUCAGAGAUAUUUAUGAGUUUUGUGGAAUAAAUUCGAGCAAAUUGUUAAAAAUCAACGUUUCAGUCGUUUAAAAGUGUCAUAUUGCUGCUUCUGACUAUUGAAGUUGAAUCGACAAGUCCGCCUGAAAGGUUUGUUACAAUAAAAUACCAGAUUUAUUAUUAUUAUUUUUUUCAUAAUACCGAUUUUUUUCAAGGAAGAAUAAAUGGGGUCUAGAAGCGGAGAACCUUUUUUUCCUUGUAAAAAAAUUUUUCUGCGCUCUUCGACUCUUUAAAGAAGUCAUGAAUUCACCAGGAAUAUUUUUCAGAAAGAAAAAACGCUACGACUAUUUGUCACCGAAAUGCGAGCAUGAUGAGGUCGUCUGGGUCGGCAAUCGUCCUUUUUACAUUCUUUCCGAUGUCUUUUUUCUUGAAUAAAAAAAUGUCUCAUUCCAAUUUUCAGGUAAUUUCUACUCUUUCGCCCGUCUUCAGGAAGAUUAUCGCCAAUAAAGGGAUUUCAAAGAAGAGAAAGAACGGAAUCGUUUUGAGUGACGUCACCGAGAAAGAGUUCCGAAUUUUCAUGGAGUCCAUUCAUGGCGAUCAAGCACUUGUUAAUGGUUUUUUCAUAUUUUUAAUAACUGCCAAGUGAGGCUGUUGUAUUUGGAGGUUCAGAACUAUCUGAAAUUUUGACCCGAAAAAUUUGAUUUCCUAGAAUUCUGUGGUGCUUUUCUCUUAAAUUGCUCUAGUAAUUUACUAUGUUAAGUAUCAUCCAUCGUUCUUUGUAAAGCCUCGGGACGAGUCUUUUGUCCAGGGGUUGGAUGUAAUGGUUCUCCUUUUAACAUCGCAACAUUUCAUCAUGCUUUGUGAACAUGUGCCAAGAGAGGCGGCGCCUGAGGCACUCGCCCUCUCUAUUGAUUACAACAUCACUCUGGCAUGGCGCACUGCUAGCGUGCGCCACGAAAUAAAGAUUCAAGCCGAGUUCGCAUUAAAAUCCGCUACACAUUUAACCGGGAAAUGAGGGGAACAUUUUCCCGCGUUACAUGGAGGUCCCGGAUACUUCUGCUAUAUUCCAUCUAGCAGAAGGUGAACUUCUGUCUUCCCCUAUUCGACCUACGACAGAUAAUCCGGCCACACUGAUUGCUACCAGUUAUUCUAUUCUACUUCAAAGACUCUAUCUGGCACUCGCACGUUUUUUGGUUGGCGUACGAGACAUCUACGAAGUCGCACCUGAACAGAAGAAGAACACCCGGCGACUUGCGGUUUGGUCGGUUACGCAAGUACACUUAGUCUGUUCAUUUCCUUUAUCUCUGAUGUGUUUUUCUCAAAAAUUGGAAGUGAUAAUUUAAAAACCAAUUUCUGAUUCAAACUCUGUCUACAUAUGGGAUGAAUGUAACAGUUGUUAAUUGUACAGUUUGAGCGUGGCUGUCCUCAUAGAAAUUGUAUCACUGAAUAUCUUUAAAAAUCUGUCAUCAGAGACCUUAUUCAUUUCAAAUGUAAACUCUCUUUUUCUCAAAAUUGAAGUAGCAUCAGUUGUUAAGCGAACUUGGCAAGCCAAAGUCCGGCACAUACCAUCCGAUUUUUUUAUUUCACAUGUUCACUUGAGAACCAUUCUUUUUAAGAUCCUGAAGCCUCGAGGACGAGACUUUCGUCGACGCCCGGGAUGUGGUGCUUUUUCUCUUAAAUUGCUCUAGUAAUUUACUAUGUUAAGUAUCAUCCAUCGUUCUUUGUAAAAGCCUCAGGGACGAGUCUUUUUGUCCAGGGGUUGGAUGUAAUGGUUCUCCUUUUUAACAUCGCAACAUUUCAUCAUGCUUUGUGAACAUGUGCCAAGAGAGGCGGCGCCUGAGGCACUCGCCCUCUCUAUUGAUUACAACAUCACUCUGGCAUGGCGCACUGCUAGCGUGCGCCACGAAAUAAAAGAUUCAAGCCGAGUUCGCAUUAAAAUCCGCUACACAUUUAACCGGGAAAUGAGGGGAACAUUUUUCCCGCGUUACAAUUCAACAAAUUUUUGAUGCUUGUGCAAGGGCCGGCCCAUCAGCCUAUCGCAAAAGCUCUAGUUUACUUCUAGUCGAAUAUCAAGCUUUUUACAACAAAAAUCACGCUUUUUGUAAACAUUUUUCACUAAAAAAAUCAACAGAAACUAUGCACUAACAAGUAAAAAGAAGUUUUUCGUUGAAAACUUUUUUUGAUAUAUUUGAAACUUUAUCCGGAGCCUGGCCUGGUCCAAGCUCGCGCAGAUUCUCGUUCAAACUGAGGCGCAAAGCUCGGGACAGGCCGGCCCGGAACCAGCCUGACCCACAAGCGUGUUUGGCUCUUUAGGCUUAUAAAACGAAAAUUUUGAUAUUUAGACCCUUAAAAAUAAUUUCUACUAUGAAACUUCAUUUUACCCUUAAAGUACUGUUAGCACAAAUUUAGAGGAAAAUUUGAGCGGGAAAAUGACCAUUAUGUUUUGAGAUUGUGUUGCGAAAAAUGGUUUGAUAUUAAUUCGUGGACAAAUCAGCGUGAACCCUAGAGAGUUCACUUGGAUUUAGAAUUUAAAAAGAUACAUUUCACAGCUACACAUCAGUCGAGCCUCGAAGGAAUUUUGUUGAUAGUAAAUUUCCAGAAGGAAACAUAGAAACUCUUCUGAAGCUUGCCAAUCAAUUCGAUGCGGCCAUCGUCCUCCGAAUGUGCGAACAGUUCAUCCGUUCCGAAGAGGGCGACAAGAUUAGUUUCCUGAAACGCUUGAAUUGGGCUUCGAACUACGGGAUGGUCGAUCUUCAGGUUCAUUAUUUUAUUUUUAGCCAGUUGAAAUUCCCCUCUGUGCUCUUGUUCCUCCGGAAAGUGAUGCGAAUAGACUGAAAAGGAUGAUUUUCAGGCUGACCUGAUCGAGUCGAUCGAGAGUUUGGGCGCACUGGCCAGUCUCCGGACAAGUCCCGAUUGGCCUGAAACUAGCCAGACAGUGAAAACACAACUUUUGGAUGUCUUCUUCAACCUCUUCAAACCCACUUAUCUUUAUUGA